AAUUUCACAGUUAGAAUUGAAGCAACAGAUUGAAUCCUUAAACGAAGAGUUACUAAAAGUUAGAGAGGCACUUAAUAAUCAUCCAGAUUUGGACCCUUAUGUCAAGAAAUUGAUAGCUUGUAAACAUAAAGUCACAGUUGUGCUUAAUGUCUUGCAAGCAUCCCAGGACAGACUUAAUGAAAUAAGACGAAUGAUCAAUAAAGAAAAGAGUGUUCGUCCAACAGUGACCGAAACAUUACAAGAACCAGAACAAAGUACAAGCAGUUUUAUUUCCGACCGUGGUUGUAUUAACUGAUAAAAUGGAGACCCCAUAUCAAAACCACAUAAACAAAAUUGAUUUUGAUUAUGUUUAUGAACCUGCUGAAGAUAGUUUUCUACUUAUUGAUGCAUUGGAAAAAGACCUUUCUUAUCUUAGAGCUAAAAAACCCACAUUUUGCUUAGAAGUAGGUUCAGGGAGUGGUGUUGUUGUGACAGCUUUUGGAAUGGCUUUCCCUAAUACAUUUUGUUUUAGCACAGAUAUUAAUUUUAAAGCAUGUGAUAUGUCUCUUAGCACUGCAAUUCAAAAUAAUGUACUACUAGAUGUUAUCAAUAUGGAUUUAGUUUCUUCUUUUGUUAAUAAUAAAUUUGAUGUUGUAAUAUUCAAUCCUCCAUAUGUGGUAACAGACACAACAGAAUGUGGAGGGUGUGGUAUAGAAGCAAGUUGGGCCGGUGGUAUCAAGGGAAGAGAGGUAACAGAUAAGCUAUUGGAUGCUAUACCAAAGAUUCUGUCUCCCAAUGGCACAUUUUACCUCUUGCUUAUUAAAGAAAACAUUCCACUUGAAGUUGUUCAAAUAAUGUCUAAAAAAGGUUACAAGUCUGAGACUAUAAUAACGAGACAAGUGAGAAAUGAGCAGCAAUUAGUCUUGAAAUUUUAUAGAUAGAAAAAUAUCUUAUCAUUUACAUUUAAUAUAAUAUAAUGUUAUAGGAUUAAGUGCAUAUGAAAAAUAUAUUUGUAAACAUUA